CAUUUUUCAAAGGUAAUCCGUCACUGUUUUUAAACAGUAUACCACUGUUUUGGGCAUAGCGCGCCUGCAGAUUACCACCAUGGACAAAAAUGUUCCAGGGCCACAUUGAUGAGCGACACAGCACCACUGCACGCUAAUCCCACCAUGUUUGAAACAGACACCACCUGCAUUCCCUGGGGACAAAGGAAAUUACGCAACACCUCACAAUUCUGGGCUCUCUUUACAGGGCGGCAGGCCAGGCUGAAAUAUUCAGGAGUCAAUGAGGGUUGCCUGUCAGCUUAGAGUAGCCACCGAAGAGUCAUUUGUGAGGGUGCAUUUAUAAAGAAUUUUGAAAUCUUGAAACUCACCCGUAUGUGUGCACUGCAUUUUUAAAAGCACCAGGCCGUAUGUGGUUAAUAACAGGAAAUGUGUUUAUGAAAUGUGAGGAAUUGGAGGAUAAAUAGCAGUCAGCCAUUUCACCAUUUUAAUGGCUUGAAAUUGUGAGAUAUCUUCACAUGCCAGCAGUGGCUUGAGUUUGGUUUAUCAAUAUUUUUAAAACCGACAGAGUGUGUGAGGUGUAUGUAAGAUGCAAACAUGCAAACAUAUUCAACCGUCCAAAAUGUCAACUUGUGCUGCUGUGUUAAACUUUAAAGGAACUGUCCAAGGAUUUUUGGUUUGUGAAAAGUCACCUCUCGGGCCUUGUUAUGCUGAAGGAGGUGACGGUGUCAGUUUGGGGGAACCAAACAAGGCACAUUUGUUUUAGCUGUAGCUGGAAGUUCUUGGAUAGAAAGAAUUUGUUGGAGUGUCUUAAAUUUGGAUUCUUCAAUCAAUGUCCCUUUUUUCUCCUGUAUUUUUUGACAUAAGAUUUUUUUUUUUGGGGGGGGGAAUAUCUUGAAUAAAAUUAAUGGCGAAAACAAAAGCAAUCGUGCUUGAAAGAACACGGCCCUUCUUUUUUUGUUUAUAGAAGCCAGUGACAAAAACGAGCAUAUUGAGGCCAAUAAAUCAUCUGAAUUUCAUUUGUUGACCAAGUCAGUUUCUUAUGGCUUGUCACUGGCACUCUCUGUUUUUUAUAACAUGAAGGAAGCCCAAUUCUGAACAGGGCAAUAAGCGUUAACGUCUGAGAAAUUUGCAUGCAAGUGGUUCUGAAAGUUGUGUUUAAAGGAAAAAAUUACAGCGAAGUAAUGUUUGACAGGAAAUAUCUUUGUCAACCAGCUGCCAGGUUGUAUGCCUCUCCAUAUAAAUGGAACAAACAUGAAAUAUGUUAAUUCCCACUUUGAUUUGAUAUGUGUCUUUCGACUGUAUUAACUAUUUUCCUGAAUUUUAAAGUAAGUGAGGGUAUAUUGCAUCGUUAUGGCGCUUCAACCAGGGCGGAUGCAGAGGGAAUGUGGUUAAAAAUGACUAAAUAAAAAUGAAGAAAAAGCGGGGCCACACUCCCUGAAAUUGCACCACAGUGCAUCUAGAAUUCAAUCCAGUCCUAGAAUCCCUUAAGCGGGCCCUGGGCAGCAUGUUGUAAGGACUGCGCGCCAUGCGCUAGCUCGCAUUAUGUCAUUGCUACUUUAGUUCACGCACCCACCCCCACCUUUUGGAAAAUCCUUGAUCCGCCGAAGUUCAUGGCAUAUAUUGAACGCUUGAGGGCGCAAUAAAUUUGUGCAACCGCGCGUAAUUUACAUCCCUAUCGUCCAUAUCGCCAGCGCAGCGCUCCAUGCCAAGCUUGUCUGUGACUUCUUUUCAUAUAGACUAUGACUGAUUUCGGUAAUUAUUUCUAGGCCUGCAGAUUCUUUUGUGUAAAAUACAGCUUAAGCCUGAUAUGAAUAUGGUUGUGCAUGGGUCUUUAACGUAGUUGCUUGGUGUCAUUACUUAGUGCCAUGUGUUGCCAUACAUGAUAACAUGUCAAGUUUGGAAUCGUCAUGAUUGUCGGUCGUCGUCAACAAUGCAAUGCAUGCACAACAGUGUAGGCCGUCAUGAUGUAGCUAGUCGAGUCUGGGCUUAAGCCUUAGCUUAGUCAGAGUUUGUCUUCCAAGAAAUUUCAAAUAAAGGCUGAAGUGCAGCUAGCUGAUCUGAUCAUGGGCAAGACGACAAAGAAAUCAGAGGCAGGUACACUCAUCAAAGGGCAGACAUCCCUGAACAGGUUCUUCUCAAAACAGCCACCCGGUGGGCAGUCCAAGUUAUUUACUCAGGUCUUGCUUGGCUCAAAACCCCCCACAGCACUUCCUCCUAAAACUACCGCCUCCCGUCAGUGCUUCAAGAUAACAGCUGAUGAUGACGACUGUGAUUUUCAGCCAGUCAAGAAGCUGAAGAGCCCUCCCUCUACAAAUGGGAAAAAUGCAAAGCCUGCCAAACCGGCCCAAGGCAAAGAGAAGCCUUCUGCAAGGAAAUCUGACCACGGGUGUGAGAAACCUCUUACAGUUGACAGCCUGAUUGCCAGACAUCUGCAUCAAGACAAACUGCAGCAAACUUUCUCAAAAGAUGACAGAAUUAGUGAUAUAAAGGCUAUCAGGAACGUUCAGCAUGCUGAGAACAACAGUCAGGAUUUCUCAGGUCUCAGCCCUGGACCAACAUCCAAGACAAAUUCCUCACAGAAAGCCGAAGCCACAAUAUGCGUCAAACCCGAAGGACAGCCUAGCGGCUACCCCGGUAAAAUUGCCUCACAAGAGAACCAAGGAUCACCAAUAACUGUCAUUCCAGAAACACCAGAGGUUGUUAUCAACUCCAACAAGACCAAAUCAAGAAUCGCUAAGCCACCCUUCAGUGAUGACGUGACACCCACCAGAAACAUCCAUGCUGCCUUUUCUACUUUUGUGCCAGAAACCCCAACAACUGCCAAGCCUGAAGAUGAGCACACGGCUGAAACACGGAGUAAAAUAAAACAAAGAAACACCUCCACAAGGGGUGGAGUAAGACACUCGCGUAGGGGAGCAAGAAGAAGUAGUGGUGAAGGUCAACCUGGAGAAAACUCAUCUUCCUUCAAAUUUCUUGAGAAGAACACAGGAUCGUGUGUUAAUAAAAGAAAAGUUGACUCUCCAGAUUUGCUCCAAGAAAUGCUUCAAGAGUAUGCCCAGUCAGUGAAGACUGUGGAUGUCAGAAAGGAUCUGCCGACUAAUCAGAGUUUGCUCUGUCAUGGACUUGCAAAAUCUCAGGGAACAGAAAGCAAACCUGAUCGCAAUCCGUUUGCAAGCAAGUCUGACGGACUGGUUCCAAACCAAAAUGCCUACCAAGAUGACAGACCAAGAGUCAUUGCAGAAUUGACAUCAUCUGUCUGCUUGGAAACAUCAGAACACUCCCGGGAGGACAUUAAUGAGAUGGUGAAUCCUUCCAUCAAAUGUGAUCUGGACGUGAAUGAGAAGCAAGGUUUUGACCCAUUAGAAGAGAUGCUCCACGAGUAUGCAGCAUCAUCAAUUUUGCCAACUAUAGACAGUGCUAUUUCUAAUCAAUCAAAAAUGAAAUUAAGCAAAAGCCUGCGAGGUAAACAUGUGAUCCAUGCUGCCAGACCAUCCUCAAAACUCUCAAAGACCUUCAGAAAGAAGCAGAGAUCAGACGACAGCCCAGCAAAACUUGGGAACCUUAUUAAGACAGAGCACAGUGAAAUUUUGUUUGAAAGCAGAUUUAGUAAAUUGGAGGCAGACGAAUCUCACCAUUGCAAAGAAUUGCAGAAUAUUUUGGUUUCCACUGCUGUAGAUGAUUCAAUUGACGAUCAGAUAUCAGGCCAUGAUGCUUCAGAGAAAGAUUUACUUGACUCAAGUGCAAAGAAGAAAUCAGCAAAUCCAUUUGCUUUGAGACCAUCCAAAGUAAAGCUCAAGGCAUCGGUCUUGCAUAAAACUAGCAGUGGUCAAUCAAAACCAGCAGCAUUUAAAACCCGGCUUAAUACUCGGAAGAGAUCCCCUUGUAAGGGGAACUCCCCCUAUGCAAAACGGAUGUUAACCAGUCACCCAGUGUAUGAGGUUCACAAUUCUGAUACGGACAGAUGUUGUGGGGAAAUUAAUUUGUCCUCUCCAAAUGUUGAGAGGAUCCCUGAGGUCCUUGUUGACAGAAAAGCCCACUCAGUUAUGACAGCCAAAAAGUCACUUUUUCAAGACGAAAAAGAAAACUUUUUAUCCGGGGAUAGUGAGGUUUCCAAAGCUGGACCCUCCCCUAGCUCUGAUACUAGCCCAACAAAUCUGGUCGACAAAACCAACAUGUCUGACCCCACAGGGACCGGAUCCCCCAUCUUGAAAGAGAGAAACUCACCAAGUGUCAUGAGAGUUCAAGAAAAAUUGCAGGAUUCGAGAGUUGGUGGAAUUACAGAGCCCCCCGCACAAAGGGAAACAAAUGCUCAGCCUUACUUGAGUGAAAUUUCAGACAAGGACCAGCAUCCACCUGCAGUGGUUCAGGACAGUGGUUGGUUGUCAUCACAGGAGAAUGUCCUGUCAAGUCAGGGCACUGGUGCAUUAUGGGAAGACCAACUCAACGACUCAUUUCUUGCGGCCAUGGAUAUGGAGUACAUGGAGACUGGUGUGAAUGCCAAGGAGAAGAAACUGGAUAGCAUUGAGUCUCAGGUCACUAGAGAAUUCAGUCAUCUAUCACCGUUUAAAAGCACUUCCCAGAAGAAUACGGCCCCUCUUCCGGCCGACUUGAACCGUUACAGGGUUACAGGCAUCCAAGAUGGCGGCAGUGAGAAGAAGUUACAGUUGCUUUGUCUAACAGAGCACAAGAACAAAGUUUGCUGCCUAAAGGGAACUUGGCUGAAUACUCUGGUGGAGGAAGGCGACAUGGUGGCCGUCCACGGACGGUUUGACUCCAGCGGGAUGUGCACCAUAGACCAGCAGAAUCACUUCCUGGUGGUUCACCCUGACCGACUGCUGACUGGCACCAACAUCUCACGCAGUAUCCACUGCAUGAGGAGGUCAGUGCUGAGUGAAAAGUUUAAAGGAAUGGACAAAGCAAGUAAACCCAUGCUCCUAGGUACCAUACUCCAUGAUGUUUUCGAUAAGGCGAUAGAAGGGAAGAAUUUUGCUGCAGAAAGUCUUCUGAAGAUUGUUGACAGAGUCUCGCACCAGUUGCCCUACCUCAAAGACAUGUAUGCUGUUGGUAUGACUGAGCAAGAUGUUCUUGAUGACGCUCAAGAAUAUGUUGGACCUAUGAAGCAAUGGGCAGACAGAUAUCUGCAACCAAAUCCAAAGCAGAGUGCCACAGUAGAUGUCAAAAUGCCUGGACAGAACCACAGUGAGAAAUAUAAUGUCUGUAUUUCUGGGGUGAAGGACAUUGAAGAAACAGUCUGGUCUCCCAGGUGGGGGACAAAAGGCAAGGUGGAUUUGACAGUAGAAGUCAAGAUUCAUCAACGGAAUCUGCAAGGCAGGAAGACUCAGAUGACUGUCCCCCUUGAGCUGAAAACUGGACGACAGACCAACUCCAUCGAGCACAGGAGUCAGUUAGUGUUAUACAGUUUAAUGCUGGAUGACGUUCUGGACGGCCCAGCCAGUGACUUGGGUCUGUUGCUGUAUUUGAAGACAGGAGCCAUGUUGGCUGUCCCUGCUAAUCACAUGGACAAAAGAGAACUCAUACACUUAAGAAACCAGCUUGCAUACUACAUCAGCCUGCGUGCCAAGCUGGCUAAUGAUGGAAAGUGGAUGUUGCCGUGGUUACCAGCCCCAAUCGAGGAUGACUUCACCUGUGGCCAUUGCCCGCAGCUGGUCAGCUGUGCAUUGCUACAGAGAAUGGACAAUGAGAUGGGUGUUGGUCACCAGUUGAGUGAAGCUGGGCACCAGUUCUUUAGGGACCAGCUUAGCCACCUGUGCCCAGCCCAUGUUGAGUACUUCAGUCACUGGUAUUUGCUAUGCACCCUGGAGGGUAUGGCAAGUGAAAAGAAGAACUUAACCAAUCAGAUCUGGUCAACGACGGCCCAGGAAAGAGAGCUGAGCAGCAGGGGCCAGUGUCUGAGUGGUUUACUGUUGGCUGGAUGUAGACACAACAAAACGCAAGACACCUACCAUCUUACCUUCAAACGAUCAACCAAUCAUCUUGGAAUUGUGCAUCCCCCUAGCAAAUCCAUAUUAGAGUUUGACGUUUCCACUGGAGAUCGUGUGGUGGUUUCCGUAGAGGGAACCAGGCAAGUAGCGACUUGCACAGGGUUUGUAGAGAGCAUCACAUCUACAGAAGUGAAAAUCAAAUCAGAAAGACCUUUACAGUCCAACGGGAGAGGCAGCCAGGCCUUUCGCCUGGAUAAAGACGAUGCUUACAACACCAUGGCAUCCAGUCUGGUCAAUUUAGCCCAACUGAUGCGCAAUGAUGAAAAUGCUUUCCGACUUCGUAAGCUCAUAGUGGAACUAAGUGAACCUGGGUUUGACAGUCAACCACAGAUUCCUGACUCCGCCAAGGCUAAAGUGGCUGAAAUCUUAAGCUCGUUGAAUACAGAUCAACAGACAGCCAUCAAUUCAGUAUUGAAGAGCCACGAUUAUACAUUGAUCAUUGGCAUGCCAGGCACAGGCAAGACAACAACCAUUGUGGCCCUGGUUCGCAUCUUGUAUGCUUGCAAUCUCUCUGUACUACUGACAAGCUACACACACUCCGCUGUCGACAACAUUCUCCUCAAGUUAACCAAGUUUGGCUUGUCUCCUCUGAGACUAGGAGAAGUGCAUCGCAUUCACCCUGAACUAGCUGCAUACUCUGAGAAAGAAUUGCUGAGUGGAGCUAGGAGUGUCCAGCAGCUGGCUUCGCUCUUCGAAACAAAGCUUAUUGUUGCUACAACUUGCCUCGGUGCCAAGCACGCCCUCCUGACCCACCGCAUGUUCGACGUCUGUAUUGUCGAUGAGGCUUCCCAGAUCAGCCAACUGGUGUGCCUUGGGCCGCUCUUCCAUGCCCGGCGCUUUGUCUUAGUUGGUGACCACAAGCAGCUUCCUCCGCUUGUUCAAAGUGGUGUUGCAAGGCAGCUAGGAAUGGACGAGAGCCUUUUCCAACGACUCGGUGUCAAACACGAGUCCCACCCAUUGGCCACAGUCCAGUUGAGUCUCCAAUACCGAAUGAACUCUGACAUCAUGAUGUUGAGUAAUGCGCUGGUGUAUGAAGACAGGCUUCAGUGUGGAAAUGAAAAGGUUUCCAUGGCAACACUGCGUCUACCCAAAUGGGAUUCUGUCAAAUCGGAACUCUUAGCAGGGUCCGGUGACAAUUCAUGGACACUGAAAGCUCUCCAGCCAGCAACCACUGUAUGCUUCCUCAACACUGACAAGGUCAAGUCCCCAGAGUCUUUGGGUGAGAAGCACACAGUCAACUCAGCAGAGGCCAUGCUGGUGAAGUAUCUUGUCUUUUGUCUCAUGAAGAGUGGCUGCACAGCUGGAAACAUCGGCGUCAUAUCUCCUUAUCGUAACCAGUGCAAACUGCUGGGAACCAUGCUGGAUGACGGCAUUGAAGUGAACACCGUGGACAAGUACCAGGGAAGAGACAAAGAGGUCAUCAUCGUGUCUUUCACCGUCAAGGACCAACAAUCGGAGAGCGGUUUUCUGCUGCAAGACAUUCGUCGUUUGAACGUCGCUCUUACAAGAGCCAAACUCAAGCUGAUCCUGAUUGGCUGCAUCAGAGUUCUCAGGGAGAAUCCACCAAUGGAACAGCUCAUAGGGUGCUUACAAACAGCUAACUCCAUCUCUGAUCUGCCUGUAGACGCGUGCAGUACAAGCAUUACAUCUUUGGGUCAGACGUGAAGAUGUGCAACUAACACAUUGGCCUGCUAAGUUGCCUAUACCCAGCAAGAAAUGAGACCGAGGGGUAACCCCCCCAACAUGGCCAAUCCCUAUACACAUUCCAGACUA